CGGAUAGCGACGACACACUGGUCUGCCACGGCUGCAUCGCUGUGCGACGAGAGCCAUGCCCAUGUCAUUCAACACCGAGUCAUGGAUCUGGUAUACAUGCGCCAUGUCUAUGAUUGCCCUCAGGCUCAUCUCCCGGAGACUGUUAUUUCGAUCCGUCAAGGGCCUUCAAAUCGAUGACUGGACCAUGGCCGUGUUGGUCACAGCCGCCUACACGACCAUGAUUGUGCUGGCCAACCGAUGGCUCAAAGUCCAAUCUAACCUCGAGGCACCAGGGUUUGACUUUGCCGCCCUUUCUCCGGCCGACAUCGCCAAGCGCGUCUAUGGGAGCAAGCUCGUCGUUGUGAUUGAACAGAUGCACAUUGCCGUUCUCUGGUCGUGUAAGGCAUGUGUGUUGAUCAUGUACCAUCGCAUAACGCGCACGGCACUGCACCACGAGAAUAUUGCAAUCAAGGUUGUGGCCGUGUAUUCCGCAAUUGGCUAUGUUGUCAUUGAGAUUCUCUACUUUACCACUUGGUGCCGGCCAUUCUCGCAGUACUACGCGGUCCCGACCACUUCGCCCCAGUGUAUUACACUGGUCCACCACCGCAUUACCAAAGCCGUCUUCACCAUCUCCUCGGACCUGGCUAUGCUUUGCAUUGGCAUCCAGAUGCUCGUGCGAUCACUGCUCCCAAUGAAGAGGAAGGUUGUUCUGUGCGCCAUCUUCUCCCUGGGUCUCUUCGUCGUGGCCACCAGCAUUUCAAACAGCUACUAUUCCUUCAGCGACCCGUACAAGGGGACGUGGAUCUACUGGUAUGUCCGCGAGUCGUCGACGGCCAUUCUGGUUGCCAACCUGCCAUUUACAUGGACGAUUUUACGAGAAAUAUUCGAGCUUGGACAGUUUGACGACAGCAACCCGCCACCAUGGACGUACCAUUCAACUCGCACUGGUGGGGGCCGCAAGAUCACACAGCUGCUCCACGACCAGACGGGAGACACGCACUCGCAAACCCACAGCAAUGCAAGCAGAGCCACCCGGAGCAUGACAUUAGUAACUUCCAACGUUGCAAAAGAUUCCUUCCAGUUGCCCAAGACCAGCAAACAAUACGAAGACGCUAUGAUGGACCUAGCCGACUCACCCAUUGAACUCGACGACUUUGCGCCCGUAGCGCUACGCCACACCAACGACGCCGUAUUUUCGAUUGACAUUGAACGAGACGCAGCAAACGGUAAAUGCAAUGCGCACUCGGUUUCGUCGGGCCACACUCAACAACGCGGCCGGCCGGUCUCUGCUCCGUCGACACUGGUUACCCAUGACGAAACAAGCGGCCUCUACCUCAGCGCCCGGCCCAUCACACCGCCUUCUCUCGCGCAUCUGACCGUUUUUUCCAACCGAAGUAGCGCGCAUAGUACGGCAAGUCUGGUCCGGAGGCCCGUCAGUGCAGGGUCAAGCUUCCAUAGCUCUCGAGUGGACGGGGGGACUGUAAGCAGGGUGUCCACUCAGACAUGCGCGGCUGGCUAUAAACCGGAAGGGGGAACCAGCGGCAAGACGAUAUUGGUUGCAUGAGUGGCUGUUUUCCUUUAUUUUCUUUUUAUUCGCUUUCCGAUGCGAUGACUGUGAUACUAAUGUCUAAGAUACC